UUCAAGUUUUUCUUCUAAGUAAUUUAUGUAUUUUGACCAGAAUCAAUCAAUAAUAAUUCGAAUUCAAUUAAAAUAUAUGCAUCUUUUUAUCAUAUGGUCCACGUUGUAGAACCAUGGACCAUAUAGUAGUUUCAGACCCGAUAAAAUCGACAAAGGGAAGGGAACUCGUCAAUCGACCGACCGACCGCCGUAGCCCUUGUCGGAACCCUGGCGUAUUGGAAUUCUUGAGUAGAGGAAAUGCAUCCACCUUUAACGAUACAUAGGCAUCCAAUGUGUGCCGAAAUUAUUGAGCAGUUCCAGAAGUGUCAUUUGGAUCAUCCUAUUGCAAAAUUCUUUGGCGAAUGCACUGACCUCAAGAUAAAGCUUGACCGUUGUUUCCGGCAGGAAAAAGCUUUGAAGCGGAAGGCGAACUUUGAAGAUAGUAAAAAACUGAAAGAGAGGCUUCGAGUUUACAGGAAGGAAAGUUCUGAGAGAAGAACUGAAGAAAAGAGCGUCAUGCAAGCUUAAUGAUGAAGUAAGUUGGUGUUUGAAAAUCAUUCUUAAGUUAGAAGUUCACAUAAAGACGUGCAUCAAACCCAACAAAAUUCAAGGAUAGUGGGCAAUGCAUUAAAAAUUAUACUGCGACUAUAGACCAUGCAAUAUUUUUGGGAUGCAACCAAUUUCAUGCUGCACUUUAUUAUUCUGUUGAUAUGUUCCCCACUAUAUUAAUAAACUUGUGAGACAUUUAACUUUUAUAAUUGUAAGCACGAUUUAGUCACCAAGUAGAUUUGAAAUAACCAAUUUUUGAUGUGA